UUGGACUGGCAUCGUUUUUUGCAACCACAAGAAUCACGUUUAUGUGAAUUCUACUUACCGGUGCAAACGCCCGACUUCAUAGAAUAAAAUUUACAAGCUCCUUCAUCAGGAAUCCGAUUUCUGUGACAAAAAAUUUGUAGUCAUGGGCGUGGAUGUGGAAGUUCUUUCUCCUGGAGAUGGUCAGACAUAUCCGAAAACGGGGCAGACUGUAGUCGUUCAUUAUACAGGUACCCUUGACAAUGGAAAAAAAUUUGACUCCAGCAGGGACCGUGGGGUUCCAUUUAAGUUUAAAAUAGGUAAAGGGGAAGUUAUUAAAGGCUGGGACCAAGGAGUUGCUCAAAUGUGUGUUGGAGAACGUGCUAGGUUAACUUGUUCACCAGAUUUUGCCUAUGGUAGCCGAGGACAUCCUGGAGUUAUUCCUCCAAAUGCUGUUCUCAUCUUUGAUGUGGAGCUAUUGAAGGUGGAGCCUUGAAGAAUUCUCGAGGGUGUACCAAAUCAACUACACACAUCAGAACCACUGAUAAUUAAACGCUUCAAAUUGCAUUAUGUUAAGUAGUCAUUGCAUGAGUGAUAUGUCUCACAUACUAAUCUUAAU